CAACUAUAUCAAUAUCCUACUUGAAAAUAGGUGGAGUGAGGUCUUAGAGAUGUCAUCGACGGCAGCGAACGAUCCACGUCAGCCGGCGGCGGCGAAGCGCUACGUGCAGACGGCUGUAUCUCCGGAUGAUCUACCGGUGGAUUACUCCGGCUUGAUCGCCGUGGUCUUCGGCAUCGCCGGCGUCAUGUUCCGCUAUAAGCUGUGCUCGUGGUUGGCGAUCAUCUUCUGUGCUCAGUCAUUGGCGAACAUGAAGAGCAUUGAAAACGACCUCAAGCAGAUCUCCAUGGCCAUGAUGUUUGCUAUUAUGGGAUUGGUGACCAACUACUUCGGACCGGCUCGACCAGGUGGACCUCCCAAGACCUCGAAUUGAUUGGAGCAAAGAGAAGAGAUGUAACAGUAUGCAGUUUCGUUUAAUCUGAUUACAGUUUUAGUUUUAUGGUUUCCGAGUGUGGUUUUAAGUUUGGUAAUGGACUAUCAAUUCUAUUUUGAGGAAAAAUCUGUGUGGUUCUGCAACUGUCUCUUUUAUGGCUUUCGAUCUCAUGCUAAUGUUGUUGAAAGUAGUUUUAAUCAACAAUGCCAAACUAAGUGAUGAGG